AAAAGAUUUCAUUCGGUUCGGAUUGUUAUUGGGAUUAAAGCGGGACGGAUUUUUCCACACCGCGCCUAAGGCGAGAUUUCUGCUUGAUUAUUGCCUUCCUAGUACUAGUUUUAAGUGGGCUUUUUGACUUUUCUUCAUCCGUUGUUUUGGGAGGGUUGAGGCAUAUUGAGACAGUGAGUUGGUGAGGGGGUACAAUUUUCCAGCCAGCAGUUAUUGUAUCGAAGUGGAGAAAAACUCAAAAGCAAUUAUUCGCGUGCCCCCUCGCAUUCUUCGAACGGUGAACCAUCUUGUAAAGUAAUUCGAACGAAAGGGUUAUGGUUUUUCUCAUCUGACACGCACUCGAGUGCUGUGGAAGAUUUUAGUGCAAUUUUUACCUUCAUGCAAAUUGAUUAUUUUUACUACUCUUGCGAAGGGGAGGAGAACUCUAACCUUUCAAGUGUUUUUGCUAGUUUCCUGUGUAAAUGUACAGCGAAAUCAGAGUCUGAAGCACCCGAGAAGAAAAUCUAGAAAAAUCAUACCGUGAACCGUAGUAGGCGAAAGUGCUCCCGGGAGAAGUAAAUCCUGUGAUUUGAAAGUCUCCAAGCGAAGGAAAAGAAAAACAAAUCAGUAGAGAGUGACUGUGUCUGUGUAUAGAUGUGCAAAUGAAGGAAUUAUUACCCGUUUCAAGUAAACAAGGGAAACAGAUUUAUUAUUUCUGCAUCUCGCUGCUGCUGGCGGCACAAAGCUAUUGAUUUGUUCCUCAAUCAAUCGUUUCCCCUUAGAUGUUCAACCCCGCAAAAUGAGCUACUCGGCGGAGGAAAAGAUCAAACUGGCCGGCGAAGACUCCAAGGAUCGGCUGUACGAGGCCAAACAGAACCAGAAGGCGAUUCGCAUCCUGACGGUGGCGGCGUACGUCCUGUGCGUUUCGCUCGUCGCCAUCAUGCUGUCGCUGUACUACAUCUUCAUCUGGGACCCCAGCACAAACCAGAUCAACAGCAAAACCCAAACCGUCGACAAUAUCGUUAUUCCGGACCACUUGGCCAUUCAACUGGCGAACAAAAGCGAAAUUCCGGCGCAACUUUUCUACACCAAUCUGUACCGGAAUUUGAUCCUCAGCAAAACGGUUAAGGUUCGGAAAUCGGCGGCCAUCAACGAAUCGUCCAGCUUGACUCGGCUUAUUCAGCUCUAUCAGCGGCACAAGCUGAGUCGGGAGGAAAAUUGGCAGCUUAUGGAGCAGCAGCAGCAGCUGCUGCAAUCGUCCAGUGAGGAAUCCAGCGCCGAGCAGCAAAACCUCGGGCCGCUGAUGAUGGAUUCGGCCGAGGGUACAUCGGCGGCUUCGGGAACGCAACCUUCGGGUACGAUGAUGGCCGACGAAGACGACGGUGGCGACGAUUACGAGCAAAGUGGAAACUACGGGCUGUACUCGAAUCAUACUACAAUUCAGCUGGAUCCGGACGAUGGCCAGGAGCAACAGCAGCAACAAUGAUGAGCUGAUGGCUGGGAUCGAGGACUGGGAUAGGAGUUUGACGUGGACGUUCAAAACAAAGCAAUGCAGCACGACUUUGAUUCUGCGAAAUCGAAUAUCGUGCAAAAUUUGGACCAUUUUAAAAAGGGAAAAAAAAACAAUUAAAAACAUUCAAACCAAAAUAUAUUCAAUCUAUACUUAGGAAUCUAACAAUCGAACCAAUGCAUGCAAAAUCUUAUACGAAUACUCACACAAUGCGACUUUUGCGAGCACACAAAAAUGGUACGAAGAAGCAUAAAGAGUAAACAUACAAGGAAACGAACGAGGAGGAAUAAACAUCCUUCUACCAGUUCCAGUGAGAAUGACAUAAGCAAGCAAACACAAUACAACUCUAAAGUGAUACAAACUAAAAAAAAAACAAACUAAUUAGAAAAUUUCCCGCAUUCCCUCAAUCGAGCGUCGAAAAGUGUAUACACGAGUCUGAAUCAGAUAAAUUUUUAAUCACACGCAAAAGGAAGCAGCAUAAAAACUGCAGACGAACGAGGGAACGUGCAAAUGUGGCCUAAAUUUGAAACUCUUUACCCUUCACUCUUAACAGUUAUUCGCCCAUUCAUUCUUCUUCAGAAUUAUUUUUCUCCAUCUUCACACCAGUUUGUAAGAUGGGUCGAAAAAAGUGGUUUUGAAGAGAAGCGAGAAAAACCCCCAAAAUAAGGUUAAAACAAAAGAAAACGUAAAAUCUCGACGGAAAAGUGGAACAUUUUUCCUGCAAAUCGAGAGAGUGUAGCGAUGAUGAUAAUAAUAAUAGUUUUAAUAGUAUUACUAUAAGAAAAAAAUCUUAAACACAAUAACUUCAAUGUACUACGUUAACCAAGUCUUUUGUUUUACUGUCCAUACACUUAAGAAAAAAACAACAACAUAGAUAAUCCAACAGUAAGUGCACUAAACUGAAAAAGUUAAACCCCAUUUAUUUUGUUUCUUAUUGAAAUUUUUUUUAGCUGAGCGAAAAUUGACAGAAAACAACAAAAAAUUAACGCAGUGUUAGCAAUACAUUUUGUUAGAAAAUUUUUACUCAAACUCUCAACACACUUCAUUCAAACGCAAACCAAAGAAUCAAAAUGUUAGUUAUCGCAACUACUCACUCACAACAAAUGAACUAGAGAAAGUUAAUUUAUUGAAAAAGCAUGAAAUCAAACGAACAUACAUACGUACACACACACAGAAAAACAGUCGAAAAAAUCUAGUGUGACGUUUCACUAAGGUGAAACUCACCUUCUCGGAACGUCACACGAUGAUGUUAAGGUUUAACGCCCUUUUAGUGAGAUUUAUUCCGAAAAAGAUGAUCGAAAGGCUUUGUCCAAUCUUUCGAGAAACUAUUCGAGCAUUUAAUAAUCUCGCUGCCGGACGUUACUGAUGUGUAGAGAAUGCUAUUCAUCCGGUUGGAUGGAUUAAAAAAAACAUUGAAAACAGUUUUAGAGGUUAUUGUUAAGUUUAAACAUGAAAACGCAAAAGAAAAAUAAAGAUUUUAUGUCAACAAGGCAAAACGCAAAAAAAAACCUUGA